AUGGCUGCGGUUUUACAAGUCGAGUUCAGUUUUGGCCACACGCUGAUGGCGCAUCAGAAAUUAGAUGAAGAUCCAUCGAAAGGUAUACAUAAAAGAUUAGAAAUACUGUUAUCAGAAUUAGUUGGAAAACAAGAAAUAGAUAAAGAUGAAAUGGAUAUGCCGCUUGAAAACGAAAAUCUACCGUUUGUUCGAGGACAGUUAAAGAUCGAUAAAGAAGAUAAAUUAAUCCGAUUGAUAGUAUGUAUGAGGGAAACAAUAGGUUCAUUAAUGGCAAAAUAUAUCAUGGAUAUAAGAAAAUCGUCAGCGAAUAACGCACUUUCAGUCAAGAAUAAGAUGCUGUGAAAAGUAAGCAGAAAAAUUGCUCGGGAAAGUGGACCUUUCAACAAUUGGGGACCUUGGAAACGUACUUGUCACGUGGGCUGAUCGCCGUCAGUGAUUCUAUAGUACUGAUUUUUAUUUUGAAGAAAAUGCGAGACAAAUUCUUGACGAUGCGCCACCACGUCGAGCCUUGCGCGGCCUUCGAAGUGCGGUCUUUGAGAGUUCGACUGAAACUUGGCUCCCCAUUGUCGAAGAACGAGUUGGCAGCUUUCGACAGAAUGGACGAGAUCAUCAGUCGUCUUAACAGUCUGCGUUAACUCAUAAUAUUUCUCGUUUAGAAGCGUGGCUAAGUCGGCGGUGAUGAAACUGGCGUUCUUGCGAGAACAGCCCUCGAUAGCAAAAGCUUUACUUUGGGUUUCCAGCUAUGGAUAGGCAUUAUAGAACAAUGCCACAUUUGUUUCCUCGAUCAUCGUUUGGAAAAGAAUCAAAAUCGCCUGACACGAGCACUCCUGCCCAUUUGUGAGCAUGACGACAUCGAAAACCGCCAAUCUUGCCGAGAAGUUCGUCGAUAGAUCGUCAAUUUUGGCCUGUGAGACCGAGCAACAUGUAGAGCAAGUCAGAUAGCUUAGAAGAUCUGCAAUAGCUCUUGUACAUUUUGAAAAGGUCCCCAAUUGUCGAAAGGUCCACUUUCCCGAGCAAUUUUUCUGCUUACUUUUCACAGCAUCUUAUUCUUGACUGAAAGUGCGUUAUUCGCU